AGAUUUAAGGUCUUUAGAAAUAUCUAUUAUUAAUAGUUUGGUUAAAAUUACGCAUAAAAAUUUUUGAAUUAUGAAACCAGGAUGCUAGAUUUCUUUUCAUGCGUAACAAAAUUUUUUUUAAAGAAAAUUGGUCGGGCUCGAAAUACAAUUUUGAUGCAGAAGAAAAUAUUGUGUCAUUAAGAUUCGAUUAGGCCUAAUUUAUUAACAUUUUGGUCAUUAUAGGUAAAUGAUGUGGAGGCUCAAUGAAACAUGAAAAAGUUCCUUUGUCGUCGAGGUUUUUGUGGCAGUCAUAUUCUAAUCAGAGGAACUCACACUCUGCUCGUCUUAGGAGUUCCUGCGACACUUCUCUACAAAGAAACUACAUUAAAGAAGGCUGUUGUUGAAGAAGAGGACCUGGUGUAUGGAUGUUGUUAUCUUCUGCUUGUCCUGUCAUCGCUGACCUUAUACUAUAUCGCAUGUUUAAGAAAUCCAGGAUAUGUCGAGCAGAAGCAAUCAAAAUUAAUUACAAAGACUACACAGGAGGAACUUGAGGACUUGGAGGAGGAGGUGUCAGACACAACUCCCAUGAUGCAUCAGUCAGAUAAUGCCUCUCUGAUUGGACAGUCAGAUUCUAGUGAGAAGAGGUUGAAUGUCCUGAAGCAGUGCUUCCGAUACUGUGAUUAUUGUGAUAACGAGCAACCGAUGCGCAGCAAACACUGCGAGGACUGUAAAAAGUGUGUGAGGAAACACGACCACCACUGUCCCUGGCUGGACACGUGUGUGGGGGAGGGGAACCACAAAUACUUCUGGUCCUUCCUGUUGGUCACCAGCAUCCUUAUCCUGUGGACAUUUGCCAUCACAUGGACAAACUUCCAAUAUGAGAUCUCCUGGAAGGAUUGGUGGGAGAGGAAUGUGGUGUUUUUUAUAGACAUGUUGAUCCUGUCAUUUGGAGGGUUUACUGUGAUUGGUCUCCUGGGCUUCCACACGUUCCUGAUGUUCCGCGGAUUGACCACAUGGGAACUCGUCUCUCGGGAACGAAUCACGUACCUUAAACAUUUGAGUGACAGCUACCACCCGUUUGAUGAGGGGUGUUUUAUGAACAUGUAUAACUUUCUCACUGUUUGUAAAUACAGAGAAUGGGAGUGUUUGUAUGAUAGAAAAGUUGAUGAAAUAGUGUAGAAAUUCGUGCUAACGGACGUGGAGAUAGUGGUACAUAACGACAAAGGCUAAUUUAAUCCCCAGAAAUAUUCAAAGUGAGGAAAGAUGCAUGUAUUCUCUUGCUUUUAUGAUUUGUUUCUUUAUUUGAGAAAUGGUAAUGAAUUUAUGGGAUCUGAAUGUGAUGGGGGUAAAUAUACACACACAAAGUAGCUCACAUGAUUCUCAUAUGAAAUUCACUUGAAGUGCAUGCAAAUAUUCCACACGAGAACAAGAUGAAAAGUAAGACAUGUGAUAUUUACAUGAAAUAUUCACAUAAUUUUCAUGCAGAAUAUCUUAUAGGGAAGCCAUCUAUUUUGAUGUGAUCAGUCUUGUAAUACAAACAUAAAUUACUUAUUGGUUUCAAGGCUGAAAGACGAUAAUCUAUGAUGUAAUUUGUGAUUUUGAGCAGGAUUAGCUUCAUUUCUGAUUAGGAUAGUAAUGAAGUGAACAGAGACUGAUACAUGUAUUUGUAAAUAAUGCUAUCUAUCACUUUUAUGUUUUUAGAACAUGGAAAUACACAAAUCUAUUUUGUAAGCUUUAUUAUUUCUUCAUGGAUUCAUAGUUCAAUGUAGCAUGAGUAUUACAACAUGUUCAUGUGGAUACUGUAUGAUUGUCACAUGUUCAUGUGAAUACUGUAUGAUUGUCACAUGUUCAUGUGAAUACUGUAUGAUUGUCACAUGUUCAUGUGAAUACUGUAUGAUUGUCACAUGAGAAUCGAUAAAAGCUGUAGAAAUUUGUUUGAAAAUCACAUGAUUUUUGCAUGUAUACCAUGCGAAUAAAUUAACAUGAUAU